AGCCCAGCGAUUCUCAUUGGUUUGGUUUCAAGAGGUGGAGACACAUGAGCCGGUAUUAAAAAUCACAUGGGUCCUUCAGGCAGCAGCUUAUUCAGUUGUUUCAUUUGCAAGGGGUGCAGCGGUUAGCGGCGGACCUUCGGCAUGCUUGUCUGGAUCUUACGCUCUUAUUCAUAAUAGUCAUUCAUUGCUUAAGCUUUAAAACUCACCCGCAGGUCAUGUCUCUUCCUAGUAGAUGAUUAGUUAAUCAUCAGAAUAUCAGAAGGUUCCCUUUGGCAUAGUCAAGGAUUGACGGAGGCACCAGCUUCUCCCUCAUUUUUUUUUUCAUCUGAGUGUGUUCACAAGAACAUUCAAAACUGUUUCUCCAAAGAGUUCUGCAGAAACUCAGACUGUUUUCUAAAGCAGAAGCACCAGAGUCCACGUUGGAAGCGAUGGGCAGCGUGCGAACCAACCGCUACAGCAUCGUUUCCUCGGAAGAGGAUGGUAUGAAGCUGGCAACUAUGGCAGUGGCCAACGGUUUUGGGAAUGGGAAGAGCAAAGUACACACCAGGCAACAAUGCAGGAGCCGGUUUGUCAAGAAGGAUGGCCAUUGCAAUGUCCAGUUCAUUAACGUGGGUGAAAAAGGUCAGCGAUACCUAGCAGACAUCUUUACCACCUGCGUUGACAUCCGCUGGAGAUGGAUGUUGCUUAUCUUCUGUCUGGCUUUCAUCCUCUCCUGGCUCUUCUUUGGUUGUGUAUUUUGGUUGAUUGCCUUAUUGCAUGGGGACCUAGAGGAAACGGACAAACCUUGUGUGUCUGAGGUGCGCAGCUUUACCGCAGCCUUUCUGUUCUCCAUUGAAACGCAGACCACUAUUGGCUAUGGCUUCAGGUGUGUCACAGACGAGUGCCCUAUUGCAGUCUUCAUGGUGGUUUUCCAGUCAAUAGUUGGCUGCAUCAUUGAUGCCUUCAUCAUUGGCGCUGUCAUGGCUAAGAUGGCGAAACCCAAAAAGAGAAAUGAAACUCUCAUCUUCAGUAACAAUGCUGUGGUAGCCAUGAGAGAUGGAAAACUGUGCUUGAUGUGGAGGGUUGGCAAUCUGCGCAAAAGCCACUUGGUGGAGGCACACGUGAGAGCUCAGCUUCUCAAAUCUCGGAUCACCACUGAAGGAGAAUACAUCCCUCUGGAUCAAAUAGACAUCAAUGUUGGGUUUGACAGCGGGAUAGACCGUAUAUUUUUGGUCUCGCCCAUUACAAUUGUCCACGAAAUAGACGAAGAGAGCCCUUUAUAUGACUUAAGCAAGCAAGAUAUGGACAAUGCAGACUUUGAGAUUGUAGUGAUAUUGGAAGGUAUGGUGGAAGCCACAGCUAUGACCACUCAGUGCCGUAGCUCAUAUCUAGCAAAUGAAAUCCUGUGGGGCCAUCGCUAUGAGCCGGUCCUGUUUGAAGAAAAGAACUACUACAAAGUGGAUUACUCCAGGUUCCACAAAACAUACGAAGUGCCGAACACGCCCCUUUGCAGUGCCAGAGACUUAGCCGAGAAAAAAUAUAUCCUCUCGAAUGCAAAUUCUUUUUGCUAUGAGAAUGAAGUUGCCCUUGCGGGCAAAGAGGAAGAAGACAGUGACAAUGGGGUGCCUGAGAGCACGAGUACAGACACUCAUCCAGAGAUGGACCAUCUUAGCCAAGCAGGGGUGCCCCUAGAACCAAGACCUUUAAGGCGAGAGUCUGAAAUAUGACUGGGGGUGGGGGAGAGAAUACUUUCUGCAAUGUUUAGAAUGUAUCUCACCAUAACGGGCAUGCUGCAUUGAGAAGUGGCUGCAAACAGGUUUUCAGCUGAUGGUACUGUUGGACACGGAUGGGCAAGCAGCCCUAAGGAGUCAAAACCUGAGCUGGUUUUCAAGUGCUGUCUUCAGAGUAGGUACAGCAAGGCGUGAACUUGGAACCUGAAGCACUAUGUCUAUUAAUUGCUAAAAAGGCACAUAUGUUGUAGAAUAAAUUAUGUAUAUAUUUUUUUACAAAACUUGAACUUGCAGGCAAGCUUUGGUUGGGCUCUAUUGUUCGUCAUCCAUUGUUUUUCCUCCCCAAAUGCUUCUCCCUUGGGAACAAGAACAUUUUUAAUGGCAUAACCAAGGCAAGAGUUGCCUUGUGUUUUUUUUUCCUUUUCAAAAUUGCUGCUAACUACUUGAACACAAACUGUAAUUAUUUUUGUCACAGUUUAAUACUUGUUUCCUUUUUGAUAUAUAGAUAUAUAGAUAUAUAAGUAUCCUUUCCACAAAAAAAGGGGGACAAUCCCCCCCAGUUUUGAA